AUGGUGGAAGAUCUCGGUCGGGCACACCUGCAAACCCCUCUGGCAGGGCAGUGGCAUCCACCACUGCUCGCCGUUGACUCCCCAGCGCGAAGCGGCAGCGUGGACUCGAGACCACGAAGCGCCCACUCGAGACGGCGUCUCAGGCGCGAUGACUACACGGUGGGCUGGGUUAGCGCCCUGCCGCUCGAGCUCCGCGCGGCCCUGGCUUGCCUGGACGAGCAGCAUGACACGCUCCCGCGAGACCGCGACGACUACAAUGCCUAUGUCUUUGGUCGGAUCCACCAGCACAAUGUCGUCAUGGCGUCGCUGCCCUCUGGUGAUUACGGCAACAACAGCGCCGCAAACGUCGCCGUCCAUAUGCGCCGCAGCUUCCCCAGCAUCCAGCUCUUGCUCCUGAUCGGUAUCGCCGGAGGGGUCCCUUCACCUGCCGAUGUAAGGCUGGGCGAUAUUGUUGUCGGGCUGCGCGUGGUCCAGCACGAUCUGGGCAGAGAAGUCAAGAAUGGACAGUUCGUCCACACUGCGGCGGCGGCAUACAACGUGCACUCGAGCAUCGGGACUACUCUGGCUCUCAUGCAGGCCAGUGUAGAGCCAGGGGCCAUCGGCGCUAUACUAGACAACAUGCGAGCCGCUAGGCCCUCGCUCGUGCCGCUUAUCGCCAGGCAGCGCCGGGAACACACGGAUGAGCCAGUCAUCCACUAUGGAACGAUUGCCUCUGGAGAUCAGGUCGUGAAGCAUGCAGGCCUGCGGGACCAUAUCGGGCAGACCCAUGGCGCCCUCUGCAUCGAGAUGGAGGCUGCCGGGCUCAAACACGAUUUCCCCAGUCUGACAGUGCGAGGGGUCUGCGACUAUGCCGACUCGCACAAGAAGAAGGAGUGGCAGCCAUAUGCUGCCGCAACCGCAGCUGCAUUCGCCAAGCUGUUUCUGUCGCACAGCGCUCCGCCGGCCCAACCAUCACCUGGCGAUGAUGUUGUUGUCGAGGAACCGGAGCCGUCAGUUUUGCUGUUGCGAAAAUUCAACCGCAAAAAGUGGCUCGAAAGCCUGUUCUUUGAGCAGAUAGACGCCAGACUCGACGGCGUCAGCGAUCCACACGACGAUACUUGUGCUUGGAUCCUCGAGACGGACGCCUACCUGGGGUGGCAGGACCCCAAGCAGCAGCUGGCACAUCACGGCUUCCUCUGGGUCAGGGGCAAGGCUGGUGUUGGAAAGUCCACCAUAAUGAAGUUUCUCUGCUCGACUGCUCGAAAGGAGUCCCUGGACAGGAACGAGAUUGUGCUGAGCUUCUUCUUCCACGCUCGUGGAGGAGACUUGGAGAAGUCGACGAUCGGAAUGUUUCGGUCAAUACUGUAUCAGCUCUUCACAAAAGCGCCUCACCUUCAGACGCUACUCGACGACGACCUGCCCGAGCACAUACACCACACCGGGUGGUCGCUUGGCAAGCUUCAGAAGCUGACGACUGACGCAGUGGCACAGCUCGGCGGUCAAGGCUUGACCAUGUUCAUCGACGCCCUCGACGAAUGCAACGAGACCGAAGGAUCGGCAAUGGUGAGGUACUUUCAGCGGCUGGCCCGGAGCUCCUUCGCGAGCGCCGUGAGGCUUCGUGUCUGCUUCUCCAGCCGGCCGUUUCCAGUAGUCGACGUCCGGAAAGGGCUGUUCUUGGUGCUGGAGGACGAAGAGGGCCACAUGGAAGACCUCGAGAGCUACGUCUACGCCGAGCUUGAGGAGUGGCCCGAGGACAGCCGGGAAGGUGUCUGCCAGCACGUCAUCGACAAGGCAAAGGGCGUUUUUCUCUGGGCCGUCCUCGUCACUACUAGCCUACUGCAAGAUAAGCGGCGUGGUAGGCUCAGUCCACGGGCUCUAGUCAACCGCUUCACCAAUCUUCCGCUUCAACUCAGCGAUCUGUUCAAGGACAUUCUCCGGCGGGACGAGGGCGACAUAGAGGAGCUCAGGCUCUGCGUUCAAUGGCUGCUCUACGCAAAAGAGACACUGUCACCGGAAGAGUACUAUCAAGCAAUCACAACCGGCCUUGCCAUUGAGUCUGGCGAAGAUCUGGAGCCUUGGGACCGGGACUCCAUGACACCCGACGUGCUGCAGCAUUUCAUCACGAGCACUUCGAGAGGCCUGGCCGAGGCUAAAGGCCGCUAUCGGCUUUUCGAGGUCGAGUUCGUCCACGAGACGGUCAGAGACUUCUUUGUCAACGGCGACGGCCUCCAAGAGCUUUUUGGAGAUAUCCCACAUGACAGCGCGUCCUGCCACAACCGCCUCAAGAAGAUAUGCCGAAAGUUUUACCUCUCGUCCCCAAUGGUGCGCGCAAGGGAGACUCCACCCGCUACACCGACCGACGAGGACGGCAAGGAGUCUCCGUUCCUGCGCUACGCCGCAGAACACCUGCUAGACCACGCCGAGUCCUGUGCAACUCAGUUCCCCGACGUCGAGUUUCUGUCGACCAUGGACUGUGCCAAGUGG